AUCUAGCAGAUAGGUUAAAAGUAGUAGUAUAUAUAUGGAUGUAAUUAACCUAGGUAAAAAGUUUAAGGAGAAUGAGAGAGGUUAAGCAAAGUGGCUGGCCAAGAUCUUCUAAUGUGACUCUCUCUUUCUCAUAAAAGAAAACAAAAAAUUGCACUAAUCAGAAAAUAUAUUCAGCAGCUUAAUGAUGUUUGAAUCUCCAAGCAAGAAGAGAUGGAACGUGGCAUCAACCGCUUCAUCUUACAGAGAGACAAUUGUAAGCGGAAGAUACAGUAAGAGUUGUAGAGAACAGAAGCAACAACAACGAAGAGAAAGAGUCUUGUCUAAGUCGUCUAAGUGGAAGGUUUUGUUGAUGAAGCUUAAGCUGUUGCCUUCUCCUCGUUCUUCUUCCGCUAAGGUCGUGGCUUAUGACCCUUACGAUUACUAUUUGAAUUUUGAUCAAGGGCCAGGGUGGCACGACCACGAUGAACCUGAGAAUCUUUCUAGGUCUUUCUCUUAUCGCUUCGCUGAUCCCACUCGGAUCUGAUCUGAGCAACACGCUUGCUAUCUUGUAUAAUGUUUCUUACUUUUUUCUUUGUAUACUUUGUUUUUCAAUGAUGAGAUCAUGUAUAGGUCCAUUAAAGAAAACGU